AUGGCAUCCCAAUCCCAGGUCUCGGCACCUUCUACGACCACCUCACCACCGUCCGCGCCGUCAAGCACCCCUGGUAUCACCAGGGAGUCCUUCCUCCAACGAGCGAGAGCGGCAGCCCUCAGAGAUAAGGGAGGCAGUAAGUCUCCCACUUCGUCUCGAGCCCAAUCUCCGGCUGGCUCUCGGAGUAGCACGGCGCAGCAGGUGACUCAACCCGAAGAUGCGGUGUCCCAAAAUGGACAGGCCGCCCGCGCCUUCCCCGCUCUCGAAAGCGCGCCCCGCCUCGACACCAUAACCCAAUCAGCACCGUCAUGGAGUGUCGACAGAGCUCUUGAUUCCGUCGAACGCACCCAACCAGCGCCUGCGAGCUCUCCGACAACUGAGGUGCUGGAAAUGGACGAGCUGCAGGACUUGAAAGCAGAUCAACGCCAUUCAUCGCCUGACUCGGUCGAGUUUAUACAGGAGACUGCGCCGACCCAGCAACGACGCCGGCCGCCUCUUGCAUCCUCCUCGGCUCCGGCGCCUUCCUCUUCAACGGUCCAACCAGCCGCAGGUCCCGCUCCUCCUACGCUCGAUAACUUAGCGGAGGAUUCUCCAAGUGCUGCUGUCGAAGAUCAGCUUGAACUCUCGCUGCCAGACGUGCCCGUGACGAAUGUCGCUGAGCCAGAGGUUCCCGAAAACACAACCACUGCCGAAGCCACCGCGUCUCUCCCCACUGCCGGAUCAUCGGAUCCCUCUCAGCCAGCUCUGGUAGGCGGUCCCUCGCCCUUACUGCCACUCAUCCAGUCCUUCCCUCCGGACUCUCGAAGGGUUGCCAUCAGAUCAUUUGAGGCCCUGCCCGAGGACAUCAAGAGGAAGGUUCUCGGCAGCAAGGCAAUGAUGGACAACUUCAAGGCAUACGUCUUAACGAACGUCGUUCCGGCACAACAGCAAACGACCGCUGCCUCCACCGCGACGACCUCUCAGUCCUCGGCCGUGAUCGCUCAGCCUAUCCCCAACGAGUCAGCAGACUCAGCAGACCUGGCUCAACAGCAAGCACAAGCUCAGCAGGUGCAGCUGGCGCAACUUGCGCAGCAGCAAGCGUGGCCGGCCGUCCCCGCUGCCGAUAUAACGAACAUCGGAGAACAGCCUUCGACCAAUUCGGGAAACACGGUUCCCACCUUGCAACAGACGCAGUCUCCCCAACUUCACGACCCGCAUUCAUCCGCUUAUGUUGCACAGCAACAGCAGUCACCGGUUGUCCCGCAGGUUGCCCAACAGGUUCAGUCGCCGAUCACUGCCUUUCAGGAGUCGCCUGGAGUUUCGCAUGCGUCGACGCUACAGUCUCAGUCACCUGUGAUCGUACAAGCUGCACCGCAACAUUAUGGUCCGGCCGUACCACCCUCUGUCGUCCCAUCUGUGCAGGCGCCAUUACAUCGGGUCGGCCAGGGAACGACAACUGCGCCUGCGACAGUAUCUAAUUCUGCCGUCAGCUCGGCACUGGUGAGCGUGAGCGGUAUGGAGAACAGGCUGGGGGCGUGGACACAGGGCCUUUUCCAGGACGUUCGCCAAAAUCUGGUUGCGCCGUUGGAAGCGGCUCUGAGGGAAGCGGAGCGACAGCGAGAUCAGUGGAAGUCGGUCGCAGAGAACAACUCAGCUGCACUCUCGCAGCUACUCGGCCAACAAGCGAAUCAGCAAUGGCAGGCCCGGUUGACCGCUGUCAGCAAUCAGCUCAUCAAGGCGCGCGAAGAGAGAGACAGGUUCAAGGAACUGUAUCAAACAAGCAUAGUCAAUUUCAACAGCCGGACGAGUCAGCUGCAGUCUGCUCAAACAGCAUAUCAAGAUCUCGAGCGCAGAUUCAACGAAAACCGCAAGCACACCUUGACCAUUAUGAACGGUUUCGAAACGCUGAAGCGGCAAAACGACGAGCUCAACCGUCAGAAGCAGGUCUGGAUGCAGAGCAGCAACGCAGCGGCGCAGCAACAGCAGAUCCAACAGCUGCAGCAGGAGAACAACGCUCUGAUGUCCGAGUCGAGCAACAAGGACGCCAAGGUCGCCGAACUUGAGAAGCGCGUCAAGGAGUUGCAACACGACCGCGAGACUGCAAUCAAGGUCAUGAAGACGGAGGCGGAGAAGUGGAGGGAAACGGCAGAAAAGAACGCAGCGCUGGAGGAGCUGGCCCGGCAAGCGGACUCCCGCUCGGCAGCGCUAGAGAUCAAGCUGCGAGGCGUGGAAAUGCAUGCUCAGGCGAAAAUCGCCGAGCUAGAGGGCCGGCUCAAAGCUGACCGCCCACCGGCACCGGCAGACAACGGGGCGGAGGCGAGGAUGGCCGAACUCGAGCGCCGGCUGCAGCAGGCGGAACGGAUGGCGCAGGCAGAUAAGGAGCAUGCAGAAAGCAAGGCGCAAGCCGAGCGUCGGGCGCAGCUCAGGGCGAUCGAGCUUGAGAAGCAGCUGAAGGAGUCCGAGAGCGAGGUGCAAGAUUAUAAGCAACAGUUCGAAUCGCUGCGCACCACCGCCCAGGCCAAGAUCGACCAGCAACACGCUACGAUCACGAAACUCCGUGAACGCAAUCAGCGCUACAAGGAGGUUGCGCGGCAGAGUAUCGGCGGAGCUUCCCCCGCGCUGAAACGCCCCGCAGACAGCCAGGCGUCACCCUCCCAGCAGUCUCAACGCCCUCGACAGUAG